GGCUUCUUGACAUUUUCAAGAUUUUACUCUAUCAUUUCCGUCUAUCUUGAGCAGAUCGCCGCAUUAGCUCUCAGCUCUCUAGUUAGCUAGAUCCACUGAUAUCAACACGUCACCUAUCACAUCGGGGAAAUUUCAAAUCGAUUUUAUAUUUUUCUCACGCCGCCAAAGACAGCUGCCGAAGAUGGUCGGGAAAAGGACAGCCGAUGAGAGGAGAAGAUGCGCAGAAGAGAACGGAUUCAAUGACGACGACACGGAUGUUGAUGACGAAUCUGUCCCACGUGAGGUCUUGGACUACACCAAAGAGAGGUACAAAGACCAGAUGGACCUUUGGAUCGAGAAGGAGUUCGGUUUAUCAACAGCCACACGACCAAAGAAAUACCUUACACUUGAAAACUAUAUGUACUUGGAGAAGCAGCUCUGGCAGAACGAUGGAUAUGACUACGUACACGAAGCGUACCGAGUUUUUAUUAGCGGAAAAUUGAAGUGUCACGUAUUCACGCCAGCUAGACUAGGUGAGAUCAGUGAGGGCUCAACUAGGAGGGGUACCGGAAAAGGAUUGCGUUACAAGGAAACGGUGAUGCUGGUCGCUUGGAAGGAUGGCGAGCCUGAAUUAAGGUUCAGCCUAAAGAGAGAAUUUGCGAAGGCAAUGCAUGACAAGGAACAGCAAAGACCGACGCACCUACUCUAUGAACAUCUCCCCGGCCAGCCUCUUGUCGUCAAUCCAAUGCUCUUUCUGCUUGCUAUCUGUCUUGCGGCGGGAGCAUUCAAAAACUACAAGACUCUCAAAGAGGUUUUGGACGUUAGGCCGCCGGCAAACCAAAGGUAUUGGGUCCUCAAAUGGUCCUCUCACGUGCUGGACCUGCCGGUAUUUCCAGAAGUAUCAGUAGAUGGGGCGACCAACAAGAUCCAAACGGGCAACUCUUUCAACACGCAGCUCAAAGCCCUCUCAAUUCGAGCAGGGAUAAGUCCCGUCACGGUACACAGCAUGCGGAGGGAGGCUCUCAUCUUAGCUACAGCAAAUGGUUAUUCGGACCGGGAAUUGAUGAAAUUUGCCGCACAUACAAACAAAAUGACGCUCACAAGAGACUAUUUGAGUUCUAUAACCGUUGUGGAUGGUCUGGCCGGUUUUCUUAAGCUACCUCUUCGAAGCGAUCAAGCGGAAGACUUCCGGUCCAUGACGGUUAACCGAAAUCCCGAGCUUUUGCAAUCACUGCCUGCGAAGACGCACGACCAAUUAAGGCAGAGAGAGGAUUAUGUUGCCAUCACAAAGAAAAUCGAUGACCUGACCCUUGAGAUAAGCUGUGCCCAAAAAGGGGCAGCUGCUCGGGAUCUGAAGCGCGUGAUCGAGGAGGAGGAGUUGAACAGAAUCCGCGGGGACCAAGAACGAAUACAUCCUUCAGAGCGCAAGGAAAAGGUUUACGUGGACCAACACCGUUCUCGAUUCGAUCGCCUUCGCCACAUGAUGCCGGAGCGCGAAAGGCUUUCAGUUACGCUCUUCUGCGUUGCUCCCAUGCGAAGCCUGGAGGGAGAAUCGGCUAUUGAGGACCUUAUAUCGCUCGUGAGGAAUAACUGCCGAGUCGCCUACUAA